CGGAUCACUGGCGAUUCUUACGAUCCCCGUCUGGAUAGGUCGAUACGGUAUGGCGCUUGGUUCGGUUGGUACCAACAUCACACCGCCCGUUGCUGUCCCUGCAGCUGAGGUUGAUGUUGUCGCCGAUGCUGGAACGGGUAUUGGUGCGGACGGUGGUGGUGGUGGUGCGACUGUAGAAGCAUCGCCUCGUCCCCACGAACUCUACACAGCGGCCAUCGGCACGUACCUUUGCUGGUUGCUUUCGCGUGGCAUUGCGGUCGCCGUUAAUCUGUUCCCGCAAGGCCGGGAGGCUGUGAUCGCGCGUAUCCGGCACUGGAUGUCGAUCGCCACCUCGUACGCUAUGGCCGCGAUCGUGUUCGUGCAUAUGCUCGGUGUGAUUCCGCUCAUGUUUGGACUGCUGCUGGAGCUGGUGGUCGUAAUACCGUUGCGGGUACCGCGCGAUCAAACACCGGUCCUCUUCCUGUGGCAGGAUUGGGCACUCGGUGUGCUGUACACGAAGAUCGCCUGUGCCCUAACGCUGAUGGGUCCCGAUUGGGCAUUGAAGCGUGCGAUCGAACAAGCGUACCGGGAUGGACUGCGAGAUAUGAACCUGCGGUUCAUCAUCCGCGAACUCGGUGUGCCGGUCAUAACGUGUUUCGGUCUAGCGCUUGCCAUACCGUACGUGAUCGCGCACUCGAUCCUGCCCCUGUUCUUCACCAAUCCGCUUACCCGUACGCUGAUCGCACGCCAGAUUUAUCCCUUCUUCCUGCUGAUUGCGUUCGUUAUCGGCAUAGUGGUGCUACAAGUGCGCCAGUUCAAGAACCUGUACGUUGCGAUCAAGAACGACAAGUAUCUGGUCGGUCAGCGGUUGGUAAACUAUGACCAUCAGCGUAAAAAGCGACGCCCAUCAGUGGUUGCCAGUACGGCGGAAGAGGCUGGUAGUGGAUCGGGCGCAACUGCGGCCGCUGCUGACGAACCCGCACCUGGACAGGCGGAAGCCAGCGGAGCGGAUGGGCAAAGGUCACCGACCGGAGCGGGCUCCAGUAUGCAGGCGCACCCACUGGAAGAAGCUGUACAAUAGUAGAACAAUCAGUUGUUUCGAAAUUUACCAGGAAUAUUUUACAUUAUUAAAUUAAGUACUAAUGGAUUGGCACAUUCGUUUUCGGUUAGUUUCGUUUGUUUUUAACCGCUGCUUCGGUUUUCCGGGAGCCGUGCGCUGCUUCUCGCUUAGCCUCCUUCACUUUCUGUUAUCCUGUUUUUAGCCUUAGCAUUACUCCUUACUUUACGCCACCGUUUUGUGAUAAUGAAGCGAAGGAAGACAGCUCCUCGCUCGUCCCCAUUGUUCCUUUGGUUUCAUGUUUCAGUUUCAAUUAUGUUUGCCAACCAGUUCCCUGAAAUAAGAUAGAUCCCCUAUUGAGAGAGAGAGAGUAUGCGAGACAACAACGAGAUUGGAGGAAACGUGUCCUUCCAAUCUUUACUUUCCGUUCCGUAGACCGAUCAAGCAGUGAGACAGGAACGACGAAGUCGGCGACAAGGCUUGAGGCAUGAGUGAGCAAGGCCGAGCUAGCCAGCAAAAACGGUUGAAACAAUGAAUUUAGCUAAAAUCUGUAAUAUAUCUUCAAAUAAACUGAUGAUGCAAAGCCUGA